GCUGUGGCAAAUGAGUCCGGACUGAACUUCAUAUCUGUGAAAGGUCCUGAACUGCUAAAUAUGUAUGUUGGUGAAAGUGAGCGUGCUGUACGUCAAGUAUUCCAGCGUGCCAGGAAUUCAGCGCCUUGUGUUAUAUUUUUUGAUGAAGUUGAUGCUUUGUGUCCUCGGAGGUCUGAUCGUGAAUCAGGAGCCAGUGUCCGCGUAGUUAACCAGUUGCUCACAGAGAUGGAUGGUCUGGAGAAUCGUCAGCAGGUUUUCAUUAUGGCUGCCACAAACAGGCCAGAUAUAAUUGACCCGGCUAUCCUGCGUCCUGGUAGACUGGAUAAAACACUCUAUGUGGGUUUGCCACCACCUGAAGAUCGACUUGCUAUUUUAAAGACCAUUACCAAAGAUGGCACCCGGCCUCCACUGGAUAUUGAUGUAAGCCUUGAAGAAAUUGCUCACAGUCAACACUGCGAUUGUUAUACAGGGGCAGACCUUUCCGCUCUAGUGCGUGAGGCUUCCAUUUGUGCCUUGAGGCAGGAGCUGGCCGUGCAGAAUGCUCAAAGCAAGAAAGGCGAAAUCAAGAUUUCCCGUAAACACUUUGAAGAAGCUUUUAGGAAAGUGAAACCUUCAGUAUCAAAAAAGGAUCAAAUAAUGUAUGAAGAACUGCAUCAGUCACUGUGCAGGUGACACAUUUGGACAAUUCCCAAAAGAGACUUAUCUUGAGUUGGUGGAAAGUUUUGCGGUACCUGUGCCUGAUGUCAAGAGACAGGUUGGAAAGAAGCUGUACUUAAUCUCUCUCAACUUUUUAAACUGUACCUGAAAAACGUCAUCAUAACCUACUGCUCUAAACUAUCAUUAAUUUAACAAUUUCCAGAAUAAAAGAUACAAUACUCACUUCCUGGUUAUCACCA